UUAAAGUAAACUUUUGUUCUGUUUGUCGUUUUUCUCACUGAACGUGAAAGUACUCUUCUUCGGACAAGGAGCUAACAGAGGCGAAAGAAAUUAGCUAUGGCGGCCUCUGUUGUGCUCUCAACCUCUUCGUGUUCAACCUAUGCCUAUCAUCCAUCCCUUUCCGCUUCCUCUAAUUUGAAUUCAAUUUCCAAAACUAAACGAAGUUGCCAAUGCUUCCUCAAUUUGCGACGUUCCAAUUCAAAACCCCUUAUUUGGUCUCGCAAGUUCGUUGCCCAUACUUCAAUUAGAGAAACUGAAAGUGACAGUGAGAAUGAUUCGAGGAUGGUGGGCGAGGACUCUGCGUCGUUUGAUUUGGGGCAACAGAGAAUAUCUUCGUGGCUCUAUUUCACCGCAAUUUUAGGAGUGGUUCUUUAUGUUCUCAAUGUGGCGUGGAUUGAUAAUUCAACCGGCUUUGGCAAAGCUUUCGUUGACGCUGUUUCAACCCUUUCCGAUUCUCACGAGGUGGUAAUGUUGGUCUUGAUUUUCAUAUUUGCCUUUGUCCACAGUGGCUUGGCUAGCCUCCGGGACAGUGGCGAGAAAGUCAUUGGAGUAAGAGCCUUCCGUGUACUUUUUGCAGGGGUAUCACUACCUUUGGCUGUUAGUACUGUAGUGUAUUUUAUUAACCACAGAUAUGAUGGACUUCAACUCUGGCAGCUCCAGAGCACUCCUGGCAUUCAUCAACUUGUUUGGCUUUCUAAUUUUAUCUCUUUCUUUUUCCUAUAUCCUUCAACUUUCAAUCUUUUAGAGAUUGCAGCUGUUGACAAGCCUAAAUUACAUCUAUGGGAAACUGGCAUCAUAAGAAUAACCAGGCAUCCACAGAUGGUUGGUCAGGUUAUAUGGUGUCUUGCCCAUACGGUUUGGAUUGGAAAUUCUGUGGCUGUUGCAGCUUCAAUUGGCUUAAUUGCACAUCAUCUAUUUGGUGUCUGGAAUGGAGACAGGAGAUUGGCUAUAAGAUAUGGAAAUGAUUUUGAAUUAGUCAAGAAUCGAACAAGUGUUGUCCCUUUUGCAGCAAUCCUUGAUGGCCGACAAAAGUUGCCGAUAGAUUUCUACAAGGAGUUUAUUCGAGUGCCAUACUUGACAAUUACUGCACUAACAUUAGGAGCUUACUUUGCACACCCUCUUAUGCAGGCUGCUAGUUUCAAUCUUCAUUGGUAGUAAAUAGUAAAGUAGAACCCAUCCUGUCGUUUCCAAUAAAACGACGUGCUAUAGUAUGCACGAUCAAUAGACCAAGAUGAAGAGAUCAAAGAAAAGAAAAUAGAAAAAAGGGAAAAAAAAUAUUUUGAAAUAUUGAUCAUGAUUAUCACAUUCAUCCAUUCUACGGGGCAAAUGUACAUGUCGUUGGCAGUGCUUACUAACAGUUCAAGUUCUUAAAGCGCAAUCAAUCAUGUUGGAAAAUAUCUACAAUAAAUAAAAGUAUGAUGGGCAACUGAGUAUUAUUAAUAAUUAAUAAAAAAAAUUCGCAGAGUAACAUUCAUGUUGUUAGUUGUUUCUCUAACGUAUUAAAGAGAUCAAUUAUUUAGAGAAAGUAAUUUCGUAGAGCUAUUUU